GCAAGGCAAGAGGAAAGAAAACUUCAAAAAGAGCAAAUAACAAAAGCCUCCUUUGCUGCCCUUGAAGGGAGGGAAGAUGGGGGAAAGAAAAGAAAGUUGCUGAAUCCGAACAUUCUAGAAGUGCCUUAGCUGUGUUUACCAGCCCCAGCCCGGUCUCCUGCUCUCCCACACACCCGAAGUCGCUAAUCGCUCAGCUAAGAGCAGGUUUGAAAAAGGACAAGACUGAGAAAAAGAGAUUAGCAAUAGAAAUAGAGAUGGAGAUGGAGAUAGAGAUAGAGAUAGAGCUAAAGAUAGAAAGGGAGAGACAGAGAGGGAGAGAGAGACUGAGAGAGAGAGAGAGAGAGAGAGAGAGAGAGAGAGAGAGAGAAGAAUGGGAGAGGAAGAGCAAGAAAGAAUCAGGUUUAAAAAUGUAUAUGACUGCGAGAAGAAAAAGGAAUCAUGCCCCCCCCCCCCCGAUUUUUUUUCUUUUUCCAUGAGACGAGGGGGAAAUGUUAAAAAAAAAAAAAAAAAGUUGCUUCUCUUGGCAGCCGGGGUUGUCAAAAGGGGAUGUCAAGCGCUUUACAAUACCUGGGAUUGAUGAGGCGGGAGGGCCAAUGAACAGCGCUCGGCGCCUAGGCGCGCCCUCAGUUGACACAGCGGCUGCGGGCGGGGUGAGUGCGGACGCACCAAUGGGAGCCGGCGUUAGCCGCACGUGACGCCUCCCCCUGCUUCCAUUCAUCAGGGAGGGGUGGGGGGGGGGGAAAGACGGUGUCGUCCUUUCAAUUCAUUUAUCUGCAGGAAUGAUUGCUGCUAUCAGUCUCGCGCUCACCGCCCGGCUGAGGAGGUGAAAGUUUCUCCCCAGGAAGAUAAACCGCAAAAGACAAUAUUGUGCAUGAUUUGCGCCUUUUCUUUGGCUUUUUCUUUCUUUUUUGCUCUCCGCUUAUUAUUAUUAUUAUUAUUAUUAUUAUUAUUAUUAUUACAGAAAGCAGAGGGGGAAAGGGGAGAGUGAAGGAGCGAGAAGGCGAGCCUGAGAAAAAAGAGAGCAAGGGCGAGGGUCUAGUGGAGAAGUGAGGAGGGGCAUACGGCGCGAGGCGGAGAGUGAGCAGUUGCGGCUCCUGUGCUCACAUUCCUCUAUGCUACAAAACCGGGAGGAAGUUUUUUUUGGGGUAUGUGUGUGUGUGUUUUGGGUGGGGGGGGGAGUGGGCUGAGAUGCUCCAUGGCUUUCCCUGGGCAGCCUUGACGCGGGGUCCUCUCGACAGAGACUGAGCGGCGAGAAAGUGCGAGCCCGGCCGGCGGGAUCUGCUCCGAGGGCGCCGGAGCCCGCCUUGCCCACUGCCGGCAGCCGUCUGGCUUAUCCAAGCUUGGCCAGGCGGGCUCCCCAGCGCGCGGAGCGGCUGCCUGUGGGCUAGGACUUUGAGAGGUGGGUGGACUCUCCCUCCCUCCGCAUCUUCUUCCUCCUUUUUCUCCGCCUCCCAUUCCUCCUCCUCCUCCUCCUAAUUUUCCCUCCUCUGUAGGCAAGGGUGGGGGGGUUGGGGGAGGCCGGAGCUCGCCCGGAGCAGCCACGAUGCUCCUGGACGCCGGCCCCCAGUACCCCGCGAUCGGCGUGACCACCUUUGGCACGUCCCGCCACCACUCCGCGGGCGACGUGUCCGAACGCGACGUUGGCCUGGGCAUCAACCCGUUCGCCGACGGCAUGGGAGCCUUCAAGCUCAACCCCAGCUCGCACGAGCUGGCCUCCGCGGGCCAGACAGCCUUCACGUCUCAGGCUCCUGGCUAUGCGGCUGCUGCGGCCCUUGGCCAUCACCACCACCCGGGCCACGUCGGCUCCUAUUCCAGCGCAGCCUUCAACUCCACUCGGGACUUUCUGUUCCGCAACCGGGGCUUUGGAGACGCGGCGGCGGCAGCCAGCGCUCAGCACAGCCUCUUCGCUGCUUCGGCAGGGGGUUUCGGGGGCCCACACGGCCACACGGACGCUGCGGGCCACCUCCUCUUCCCUGGCCUUCACGAGCAGGCGGCGGGCCACGCAUCGCCCAAUGUGGUCAAUGGGCAGAUGAGGCUUGGCUUCUCGGGGGACAUGUACCCGCGACCCGAGCAGUACGGCCAGGUGACAAGCCCACGUUCGGAGCACUAUGCCGCGCCUCAGCUUCAUGGCUACGGACCCAUGAACGUGAACAUGGCCGCGCAUCACGGUGCUGGAGCCUUCUUCCGCUACAUGCGCCAACCCAUCAAGCAGGAGCUUAUCUGCAAGUGGAUUGAGCCAGAGCAGCUGGCCAACCCCAAAAAGUCGUGCAACAAAACUUUCAGCACCAUGCAUGAGCUGGUUACGCACGUCACCGUGGAGCACGUCGGCGGACCUGAGCAGAGUAACCACAUCUGCUUCUGGGAGGAGUGUCCGCGCGAGGGCAAGCCCUUCAAAGCCAAAUACAAACUGGUCAACCACAUCCGCGUGCACACGGGAGAGAAGCCCUUCCCCUGCCCCUUCCCUGGCUGCGGCAAGGUGUUCGCGCGUUCUGAGAACUUAAAGAUCCACAAAAGAACACACACAGGGGAGAAGCCCUUCAAAUGCGAGUUCGAGGGCUGCGACAGACGCUUUGCGAAUAGCAGCGACCGCAAGAAGCACAUGCAUGUGCACACGAGCGACAAGCCCUAUCUUUGCAAGAUGUGCGACAAGUCCUACACGCACCCCAGCUCACUGCGCAAACACAUGAAGGUCCACGAAUCUUCCUCCCAGGGCUCACAGCCUUCGCCGGCCGCCAGCUCCGGCUACGAGUCCUCCACGCCGCCCACCAUCGUGUCUCCCUCCACAGACAACCCCACCACCAGUUCCCUGUCGCCCUCCUCCUCCGCGGUCCACCACACAGGCGGUCACAGCGCGCUUUCUUCUAAUUUUAAUGAAUGGUACGUUUAAAAUCAGAAGCAAAACACCGAUCAAAACCCUAUUUAAGAGACUGAACACACACGUAUGCAAAAUAUAACUGAAAGAUCCCUGCGAAUCAACACAACUACCCCACUCCUCAAUUCUAUUUUUUUGAACUUGCUUGUAGACCCAGGUCCGAGUAAGAGCGAGAGAAAGCACCAAACCUUUCGUUAUCCGCCCCCCCCCCCCCCCGCCUUUUUCUUUUUCUUUUUUGGCAAAGGCUUGGUAGCUAAGGGGCUGGAUGGGGGUCGAGGACCAGGCUACCACCUGACCAAAUGCUGACAACCCGGGGGUCCAGUUUCUCGACAGAAUUAGAACAGGCUGUCUGGGCUUCGGCUUGGUUUUUUGUUUUUGUUUUUUUUUAGUUUGUUUUUUUAGCUUUGCAUUCUUGUAAAUACAGAAUUAUUAGCUUAAAAUUGUACGUUGGAUUCUGUAAAUAGUUAUAUCUCGGGUUUGAGCGGGCG